GAGAGGCGUAAAGUUGUGGACGCGGAAGAAAAAUAAAUAGCUGCUCUCGCUUAAGAAACGCAAAAUAUAGUUUAUAAGUUGUAACCGCAAAGGAUAACACUCCAGAUGCUAAAUCUAUGUCUAACCCAUCAGUCGCUGCAUUCAAACCAUUGAAAGUCUGUGCCGAUCGUCAAUGAAAAGUGAAUAAGUAAACAACUAUUGGCAAAUCAAAGAGAAAGAGCAAGCGCCAAGUCAACAUAAGAUAUUUUAUUUGUUUAAACAAAAUUGAAAAGGAAAUUUCUAUUGUUACAUAAAUGCAGUGUUAAUCAUAAAUUGAAUAUAUCACAAAAAACAGCAACAAGCUAAACCAACGAAAAAAAGUAGAACGAACCCAAAGAAAAAAAACUAUGUCGAUUUGUGGCCUAAAAACGAUAUUUGAAACGGCAAAAUUCUCCGAUCUUCGGUUUUAAAUUAAAUAUUACAAACGAAACAAAAAUUGAAACUAAGUUUGAAGUUGCCCAGUGACUUCACCAACAACAUAAGAUUAUCAUUUAAUUUGCAUUUCUUUUGUGGGCAAAACGAGCGCGUGUGUCCCCCCACAAAAAAAGAGUCGUGUGAUAGCCAGACGGUGGGACGGACCAACCCAGCAACAAUAAAAAAAAAAACCAUACUACAAAAAAGCAAGACAGCCAGUCAAGAUUAUCCAACUCUGGACAAGCUUGGGACGUGCCACAGAAAUGAUUGGACGUUUGUUUCGCGCCCAUGGCGAAUUUUGCGCCUCACAUCCUUGGGAGGUCAUAGUGGCCCUCUUGACCAUUACAGCCUGCAUGCUGACAGUGGAUAAAACCGGCUCCCUGGAGGGACUUGGUAGUGCAUCAGCAACAGCGGCUGCAGCAGCCGCCUCAGCAGCAACAGCAACAGCUGCAGGAACACCAACCACAUCCACUUCAAAUGGCGCAGCAGCAACAGCAGCACCAGGCACAACCAUACCCAUAGCAUCGGGAGCCCGAAAUAGAGCGCCUUGUCACGGCUGGAGUCAAUCCUGUGAGGGCCUUGAAGCGGAAUACAAUGCCGCCGAUGUCAUACUGAUGACUGUUGUCCGUUGCACAGCUGUUCUCUAUUGUUACUAUCAAUUCUGCAGUCUCCAUCGCUUGGGUUCCAAAUAUGUUUUAGGCAUUGCGGGACUCUUCACGGUAUUCUCCAGUUUUAUAUUCACAACAGCCAUCAUUAAGUUUUUGGGCAGCGAUAUUUCCGAUUUAAAAGAUGCCCUAUUCUUCCUGCUGCUGGUAAUCGAUCUAUCGAAUUCAGGACGUUUGGCCCAAUUGGCACUUUCGGGAAGUAAUCAGGCAGAAGUUACCCAGAAUAUUGCUAGGGGCUUGGAACUGUUGGGACCCACCAUUUCAUUGGAUACCAUUGUGGAGGCACUUUUAGUGGGUGUGGGCACUCUUUCGGGUGUCGAGCGUAUGGAAGUGCUCUGCAUGUUUGCUGUACUCUCAGUAUUGGUCAACUAUGUGGUCUUUAUGACAUUCUAUCCUGCUUGCCUAUCACUAAUCUUUGAUUUAUCACGCAAUGGUGUCGAUAUGUCAGUGGUAAGGGAAAAGGCUAAGGGAUCACUGCUGUUGAAGUCUCUCACCGAGGAGGGCCAGAAGGCCAAUCCAGUGUUGCAGCGAGUCAAACUGAUCAUGACCACUGGCCUGAUGAUCGUCCACAUCUAUAGUCGUGUGGUCUUCUCUAGCAGUGAUUACGAUGCAGUCGAUAAGACUCUAUCACCGACUUUAAAUCUCAAUGUGAGCAAUAACCGCACUGAAGCUCCAGAGAUUGCGGACAUAAUUAUUAAAUGGCUGACCAUGAGUGCGGAUCACAUUGUCAUCUAUAUAGUCGUAAUUGCUUUGGUAGUGAAAUUCAUUUGCUUUGACAAUCGCUCAGCACUGUCGGAUCAGCUGCGUCAAGCCCAAACAGUGGCAUCUCAAACCACACCCAUGUUGGAAAAGGCUGAAAAGAAGCCGGAACUUCCAUCGAUUCGUACUCCUCUCUUUACCAUCGAGGAGCAAACCUCGACUAAUGCAUCAACACAAACAGAAAUCGUGCCACUGCGCCAUGAACCAAGUGUAAACUAUGCUCAGCCCACCGCUCCCAAUAGACCACCGCGUCCGCUGCAAGAAUGUUUAGAGAUAUUCAAUUCUAGCGAAGAUUCUGGCGGACCAGAUGCACUUACCGACGACGAGAUCAUGGCUAUAGUGCAGGCUGGCGGCCAACAUUGCCCACUGUACAAAAUUGAAUCAAGUCUUAAUGAUCCAGAGCGUGGAAUAAGUAUACGUCGUAAGGUGCUUGUGAAACUUGCCAAACUUCAGGAAGAGUGCUUGGAUAUCUUGCCCUACCAGCAUUACGAUUAUCGCAAGGUGAUGAAUGCUUGUUGUGAGAAUGUUUUGGGCUACGUACCAAUUCCAGUGGGAUAUGCUGGUCCUCUGAUGUUGGAUGGGCAGAGCUACUAUGUACCAAUGGCCACCACUGAGGGUGCUCUGGUGGCUUCCACUAAUCGUGGCUGCAAGGCUCUGUCUGUGCGUGGCGUUCGCUCAGUAGUCGAAGAUGUGGGCAUGACCCGGGCGCCUUGUGUGCGUUUCCCCAGUGUGGCUCGCGCUUCGCUGGCCAAACUGUGGAUAGAGGAUGAGGUGAAUUAUCAACAGAUCAAGACGGAAUUCGAUUCCACAUCACGAUUCGGACGCCUUAAGGACUGCCACAUAGCCAUGGAUGGACCUCAGUUGUACAUACGCUUUGUGGCCCUAACUGGCGAUGCCAUGGGCAUGAAUAUGGUGUCGAAGGGUGCUGAGAUGGCAUUGCGUCGCAUCAAGCGUGAAUUUCCCGACAUGCAGAUCAUUUCGCUGAGCGGUAACUUCUGUUGUGACAAGAAACCAGCUGCCAUCAACUGGAUUAAAGGACGAGGCAAACGUGUGGUCGCCGAGUGCACCAUUCCAGCUGCCACACUUAAAUCGGUGCUGAAAACCGAUGCCAAGACGCUUGUGGAAUGUAAUAAACUAAAGAAUAUGGGCGGAAGUGCCAUGGCCGGCAGCAUUGGAGGCAACAAUGCACAUGCAGCCAAUAUGGUGACAGCCGUCUUUUUGGCCACCGGCCAGGAUCCCGCACAGAAUGUCACCUCAAGCAAUUGCUCCACAGCCAUGGAGUGCUGGGUGGAGAAUAGCGAGGAUUUGUACAUGACCUGCACCAUGCCCUCGCUGGAAGUGGGCACUGUGGGCGGCGGCACCGGACUGCCGGGUCAGAGUGCCUGCCUCGAAAUGUUGGGCGUGCGUGGAGCUCAUGCCACCCAACCGGGCGAUAAUGCCAAAAAAUUGGCACAAAUUGUCUGUGCCACUGUCAUGGCCGGAGAAUUGAGUUUGAUGGCAGCUCUGGUCAACAGUGAUCUAGUCAAAAGUCACAUGAGGCAUAAUCGUUCCUCCAUUGCCGUGAGCAACGCUAACAAUCCUCUCAAUGUGACCGUCUCCAGUUGCAGCACAAUUAGCUAAAAUUUGAUUAUAAGCGGGCUCCAUUACAGCCUAUUUUUUUCUUCCAACAUGUAUAUAUAUUUAUAUAUAUAAUAGACUUACUCUCAAUCAGGCCAGGGCAUUGCAACUCAGUUCAGUUUAGGUGUUAUAGUUGAAAAUGUUUCACAAAACAACAAAAAAAAACAAAAAAACAAGAAAACAAUUUAAAAAAUCAACAAAUGUUCUUAAUAAUUAAUAAUGGAUUUUUGGCCAGGCCAAUAUGGCAGUAUUCGGAAUAAUGUAGAUGCAAAUAACGAUUUCCGAUCGCCAAUUAUAUAUACAUAUACAUAUAUAUAUAUAGAAUUGUAUGUAGGAAUUUGAGCUGCUCCUGGAAGGAGGAGAUCAACAACUUCCACUUAGUUUGUAAUGAAAAAUAUUUUUCUACAAAAAUAGUUACGGCUUAACGAUUCCUCUGAUCCAAACCCGCGAAUCCCCAUUUAUAAAUUCCCAAUGUCGUUGUCUAGUGUUAGUGCAAGCCUUGUGAAAUGUAUGCGUUGCAAGUAGGACAUUUAGUGUUUAGUGGUUUAAUUAAAACUAAAACGAAACUUAAAUUAGA